AUGAAUUCAGUUUUGUUCAAAGUUUUGGUGCUUUGUCUGCUUGUGGUCAUUGCAAAAAGUGAUACGUGUAAAUGCUGUUGUCCAAGCACGGGAUCGACCACUGGAACCUGUGGCCAAACAUCUGUCUCUAACUGUACAUAUUGCACAAACUCUUUGUGCCGAUCGUUAUACACGUGUUCUAUAAGUGGUAGCAGCGGCCUCACCGCCACGUGCUCAGCACCACUGAGUCGUUAUUCAUUAAUGGCAACUUUUGCUUUUCCUCUACUGAUCUAUCUCUUUAACAACAACAAAAUGAAGUCAUAA